AUGUCUGGCUACGACGGCUACGGAGGCGGUGGUUACAACCAGGGUCAGCAGGGAGGACAUCAACAGCAAGGUGGAUACGGGCAGCAAGGCGGAUAUGGACAGAAUGAGUACAACAACAACAACAGCGGUGGAUACCAGCAACCUCCCCACCACCAGCUUCCCCACGGCGGACAAGCCAGCGAUUACUACGGCGGUCAAGGAGGCCCUCAAGGAGGUCCCCCAGGCUAUCCCCCGCAAGGAGGCUAUGAUGCAGCACCACCCCAAUACCAACAGAUGCCCUCAGCUGCAUCCCACUCCUCAAACUCCGGCCGCAACUCACACAACCAAGGCCAACAAAACAUGUACGGAGGCGAGGGCAACCCGGAAGGUGACCGCGGCAUCAUGGGCGGCAUAGCAGGCGCAGCAGCAGGAGGAUACGGCGGCCACGCUCUAGGAGGAAAAGCCGGCCACGGCACCGCGGGCACCGUCAUAGGCGUGCUCGCAGGAGCCAUCGCCGGCCACAAAGGCCAAGACGCCGUCGAAGACAAAUGGCACGAGCGCAAAGACGAGAAGAAAGCCGAAGAAGAGCGCAAGCGUCGCGAAGAAGAAGAAAAGCGCCGCCAAGAACAUGGAGGACAACCACAACACCAAACCGGUGGUUCCCAGCGCUCCGCCGGCGACUUUGGCGGAAACUUCUCUGCUUCCUCACGCGACGUCCGGCUCGAUGCCCACGGCGACUACACACUACACGCCCAGUGUCUCCGCACAGACGGAUCCUACCAAGCCUCCUCCCUGCCUCUAAACCGGUACCUAGAAAACGACGGCGGUAGUUUCCGCUGGUCCGGCUCCAGCGGCAGCGGCGGCGGCGGUGGUGGAGAAAACACUUACACGGUCCAACAAGGUGACACGCUCCGCGCCAUUGCAGCACGCUUCUCGCACUGCUCGUUCGAAGACCUCGCCCGUCACAACAACAUCAGCAACCCCGAUCAAAUCUGGCCGGGCCAGAACCUCAAGAUACCCGGUGGAGGCAGCACUCGGUCUGGAGGCGGCUUCGGGUCGUCGGCACGCAAUAUGCGGCUUGCGGAUGGUGGACAGAAGCUCGAGGGUGAGCUGGAACAUGAGGGUCAUUGGCGGAUGAGGGAGAUUAACCUUGAUGAGCGGAUCAGCAAUCAGAAUGGUUGUUUGGUAUUUGUUUAGGUGGGUGCGAGUGUUGAGGUGUCGGCGGCUUGUCGUUUAGCUGCUGCUGUAUAUACUGCGGUGCGCAGUCAUGGGCGUGGGUGGGCAGGCAGCCAAGAUAUGACGUGACCAGUUUGCCAUGUGUGAUAUGACGGGUAUUUUGAAAUAGCAUGAGCAGAAGAUCUGUAGUCGGAUUCAUCCAUCCACAAUUCACGAUUCAAACAUCUCCA